AUGGAGAAAGUUUUGAAAUUACUUCUAUUUGUUAUGGUUAUCCAAUUUGCAAUGCAGAAAGUCCGUGCAAGGCAAUUAAUCAUGCAACCGACUCCUCAAUUUGAAAUAUUUAACACGGGUGGUCUCAAUCGUAAAAGUUUUCCAGAAGGAUUCAUUUUUGGAACAGCUACGUCUGCUUACCAAGUAGAGGGGAUGACCGAUAAAGCGGGGCGUGGACCUUGUAUAUGGGACACUUUUAUCAGGGAUCAUGGAAUUGCAUCAGGAGCUAAUGCAAGUAUUACAGUUGAUCAAUACCAUCGUUAUGAAGAGGAUAUGGAUCUGCUAAAAAGUCUCAAUUUUGAUGCAUAUCGUUUUUCAAUUUCGUGGUCGAGGAUCUUCCCAAAUGGAAGUGGAGUUGUUAAUCAAGAAGGGGUUGACUAUUACAAUAGAUUAAUUGAUUACAUGAUUCAAAAAGAUAUUAUUCCAUAUGCCAAUUUAUACCAUUAUGAUCUACCUCAAGGACUUCAAGACAAGUAUCUAGGAUGGUUGGAUCGUCAAGUUGUUUUCAGGAAGGAUUAUGCGGAUUAUGCAGAAUUUUGUUUUAAAACAUUUGGAGAUAGAGUUAAAAAUUGGAUGACUUUCAACGAGCCAAGGGUUGUUGCAGCACUUGGAUAUGACGACGGAACACAUGCACCCGGAAGAUGCUCUAAACCUUAUGGAAAUUGUACCGAAGGUGAUUCUGGAACUGAGCCUUACAUUGUAGCCCAUAACUUGCUAUUAUCUCAUGCAACUGCAGUUCAAAGAUAUAGAGAAAAAUAUCAAGUAAGAACUUUAUUUCUUUAUAUUUCUAUAAAUUUUGUCUGGUAUGAAUCUCUUACUAGAGGAAAAGCCGACAACUAUGCCGCUCAAAGAGCUAGAGAUUUUCAUGUUGGAUGGUUUAUACAUCCUAUAACUUAUGGAGAAUACCCAAAGACUAUGCAAAAUAUUGUUGGUGACCGAUUGCCAAAGUUCACUAAAGAAGAGAUUCAAAUGGUGAAGGGAUCGAUGGAUUAUGUGGGAAUUAACCAAUACACGACAUAUUAUAUAUAUCAUGAUCCUAGUCAAGAUCAUCCAAAAGUUUUGGCCUAUAAUCAGGAUUGGCAUGCUUCCUUUGCUUAUGACAAGAAUGGAAUUCCAAUUGGUCCAAAGGAAUAUUCGGGUUGGUUAUACAAUGUUCCAUGGGGACUUUACAAUGCCGUGUCAUACAUUAAGGAGCACUAUGGAAAUCCUACAAUGAUUCUAGCCGAAAAUGGAAUGGAUGAUCCGGGUAGUGUAGACAUUGCUCAUGGACUGAAUGAUACUGCAAGGAUCGAGUAUUAUAAGGCAUAUAUAGGCGAAUUAAAGAAGGUUAUCGAUGAAGGUGCAAACGUUGAAGGCUAUUUUGCUUGGUCGUUGCUCGAUAAUUUUGAAUGGGCACUCGGUUACACCUCAAGAUUUGGUCUUACUUAUGUUGAUUUUGAGACACUAAAAAGAUAUCCCAAAAUGUCGGCUAAUUGGUUCAAACAGCUAUGCAAUCAAACUAUUUAG